AUGCAAGGUUGGCUGUUGCACGCAAAUGCCGAAAAGCUGAAUCCCGAAGCUAAGGAACCAAGGGGACUCUUCCCGAAGGCCGAAACUGGCGCCCGCAGAGUAACUUUUCGUGAUAUUACCAUACAGGAAUAUGAGAACCGACUGCGAGUAUACUCACAGCCGGAAAAAAUUUUUUGCUACUUUGCCACGAUCAAGACAGAGAAUGAUGCCGGCAAAUUGAAAGUUUUUAUGACGCCCAUCGACUUUUUGCGCUCAUUGAGACCAGGCCUAAGACAGCCAGAGGGCUUGGGCUUAAACCAGUUCCGCAGGAUGGACAGAGAAGAAAUUAAAAAGCUUAAGUGCAGCGGCUUACCGAAGGACAGCAUAUUUUAUAAGCUUCGACCCGAUGGCCUCCUCACCUUCUGUGAUUUUCUGUACCUGGUCAUGCUGCUGACAAUGCCAGAGAAAUACUUUAAGAUGGGGUUCAAACUUUUUGAUCAGCAGGGAAAUGGUAACCUCAGCAUAAGGGAUAUGAACACUUUACUAUUAGGGAUCACCCAUGAUGAGCGAUUCAGGAAUAUCUCUGCUGUACACUUUUAUUUUUUUGGGCCUCAGCUCAACCAGAAGCUGAGCCUAGCCAAGUUUCUAGAGUUCAGGCGCCAGUUACAGCACGAUGUUCUUCUGCUAGAGUUCAACUUACUUAAGAAGAAGCGUAAGCCAACGGACGCCAAUAAACCGCAAAGUAAUACAAUCAGCGAAGUGUGCUUUGCUAAAAUACUGUUAAAAUGUUCAGCUAUGUCAAAGACUGAGAAGACCAACACUCUGAAACGUAUCAACAAGAAGUAUCAACCGGUCAAGCGCGGCAUAACACAAGAUGAGUUCAUGUCAUUCUUUCGAUUCGUUCAACAUCUGCCAGACAUAGAAACGGCACUGUCCUAUCAUUAUCUUGCAGGUGCAGACAUAUCCCGAGGAGCACUUAAGCACAUUUCUCAUGUGCUUGUCGGAGUUCCUCUGUCGGCCCACGUAAUCGAUGUAAUCUUUACAGUUUUCAAUACCAAAAACAGCGGGAUCCUGGGAUGCAAUGGCUUCAUUGAAGCCUUGCGACAUCGCAUGUUGCGUUGCAAACACACCUCCUUUAAUCUAGAGGAUAUGUACGGAAGCAUCCUAAAGUGUGCAAAGAAAGCGUUGAUGUAA